AUGUCCCUUCUUUGAAACUUGCUUGCAGCUUUGCUUCACCGCUAAGGAAAAAAAGUCAAGAGGACCAAUCUACAUGAAAUCAUCCAACUACCCGACCUUCCCUUAUUAAAGCCAACCCUCUACCUCAACACACUAAUCCCGUCCAUAAAGCAUAGUUUCCUGGGAAAAUCCCUUACAACAACAGUUUUUUUCCCCGUCUUUUUCUCAUCCCCCAAACACCCAAAAAAUGGCUCUAGAAUGGGUUGUGCUAGGCUACGCGGCAGCCGCAGAGGCCGUAAUGCUUCUCUUGUUGACCCUCCCAGCACUCGACCCUCUCCGCAAGGGUCUUCUGUCCGUCACCAAAGCCCUUCUCAGACCUUUCCUCUCGAUCGUCCCGUUCUGCGUCUUCUUGCUCUUGGACAUCUACUGGAAGUACGAGACGAGACCUACGUGCGGCUCUCCCGGCGCCUGCACUCCUUCGGAGUCUCUUCGGCACCAAAAGUCCAUCACGAAGAGCCAGAGGAAUGGGAUCUUGAUUGCUUCGGCGUUGUUGCUCUACUGGGUUUUGUACUCGGUGACGAAUCUCGUUGGUCGGGUCGAGGAGUUGAAGUAUAGAGUCCAGAAGUUGAAAGAUUCCAACGAGUAAGGGGAAAGGGAAUCCCAUUAGGUGCUGUAUACUGUUUGGUUGUUGGGAAAAGAUAGAAUUUUUACGAGAGCUAUGUAACGGAUAUUAUUUUUAUUUUUUUUUAGAUAUUUACAGUCGAAGCAUUCAUAAAUAA